UCUGGUGACCGUUUUACGGUUUGAAAUAUUCGACUCUGUAUACAGCUGUUGCAGCCUCCGGACUACACUAAAGUCUGUAGUGGUCCAGGCUCAGUGUAAAGAACAAAGGAUAAUCGUUCGUCUUGUUUGACUUCUUGCUAAAGUCCCGGAUCCUCUGACGCAGCUGGCGAUCCUUGCCACGUCGGAAAGCUCAGCUAGCGAAGGCGAUUAACUGUGAACAGAACUAUUUUGAGCCUAGCUGGUCUAAGAGUGCGUUUCUAAAAGAACCUUGGACAAGACCUUCCUAUAGAUCCCAACCAUACCAGGGCACACCACAUGGGGUACCUCUGACUGAAGUCCACCAUCGUCGUGACUGACGACAUUGUGCUGCACCCCUAUCGCAGAUUUCCAGAAGGAUGAGAACGCAGCAGGUUUUCUGGACGGGAGCCAUCGUGUUCCUGGUGGUCCUGCUAUUGGCACUGUACGGCAGGGUUAUGGAAACUGGACGCAACUUGCCGGAUAGAAGGGUUAUUUACACUGACACGGACAUCCCAGCAUUUGCUGCAAACACCAACAUUAGACAACGAAAAAUAAUUACAAAGUUGGGGAAAGAAACUCAGACCCAGAUGUCGAAAACAACGUCGAAACUUAUGAAAGGUCCCCCAAAAACCAUGGCAGUUACAAGCCCCACGACUACUGCUAAACCAAACACUAAGGACCGUUUCCGCACACUGGUGGACCUUAUAACAAUCAUGGAGGAACACAAUCUUUUGGGAAACGCAAACGAAGAAGAAAGGAAGAUUAUAAUGACUAAGAUGUUGAAGGUGCUGAGUGAUAAAGGUAGAGUAGACUUCGCCUCAUUAGAAGCCAUAUUAAACGGAACGCUGUGGAAUAAACCAACACCAACCGUAGCAGAGAUGACGGAAAAGAUAGAACACUUGGAGCAGUUGGGCCCUUUUAAACCAUACAUUCUGGACAAGAACUAUAAAUCUGCAGGGAAGGGGGCAGAGAUCGACAGUCAUGACUAUGUCUUCAGGGUGAACGUGGCCUUGACCGGGAAACAGUACGUGAACGACGUCGGUAACAAGUCGUCAUUUUACGGCUUCUUCCCGGAAUCCGUGGUCAACAGGAUCAACUUCGGACGGGACAACAAGUUCGACGACGAGACGAAAAUGAUGAUGAUGAUUUUCAAGAGCUUCGAUGCAGAAUGGCUCGGUGACGUGCUGAAAGGAUGGCAUCCAAACGACUUCUGCUAUGAGAAUAUAAAACCUGGAAUGUGUUGGUCUAUGCCUGCUCCGAAGUACAAGCAGGGUAACAUGAUGAUCGUACAUCCCCACUUCUUCCGCUACGUGCACGAGAGGUUCCUGAACUCCACCUCAAGUCGGCCCACUACCGGCACGAUGGUCAUCCUCAUGGCCAUUCACUUAUGUGAUCAGGUCGACAUGUAUGGGUUCGGGUUCGAUCCCCGUUUCCCCCUACAUUACUAUGACGGCCAGAAGGUUGAGGAUGCCAUGAACGAACCCAGCUCACACAGCUACCCCAAUGAGAAAAUUCUGUGGAGAAAACUCCACUCUGAGGGACUCGUGAAUUGGAAGCUAAGACCUGGAACUUAAAAAAUUAUGUCUUCAUGAAAUAUUUGUAUUUGAAAUUUCCUGUCCAUAGAAGCAUAAAAACCUUUGCAAUACUUAGUAUCAAGUCAUGAUUUUCCCCUGUAUAUGACUGUAAGAACGUAAGUUAUGAGGCAGCUUUGUUCAGGGCAAAUAGCAGGAGUCAGAAAAAAGUAUAUUUGUUUGCUACCAGAGCUGUGUCAUUUGUUUCUGCCAUAGAGUAUUAACCCUUUAUUGUUCCUUGGGAGGACUCCUUUUGUGUACAUAUAACAAUUAGUCCAUAUAUUAUGGAUUUCACUUCAUUCUCUUUGCUUAUAGAUGGAAAUGUAACUUCCAAUUUGCGUCAAUUGGAAUUUAAAAAAAGAAGCUAUUUGUUGUAUUUUUCAAAUGUGAAAAAAAGGAAUUAAAGGCUCAUCUCAUCUGUUGAUUUACAUCCAAAA